AUGUGCCACCGCUAUUCCACCAGCGCAGAUCGUUACGCACCUCAAAGAGCGCCAUCCAAGGUCACAGUCGCUACGCGCAAGAGCCUGGCGGCAGCUGUACGCGCGCUACCAAACCUUGCGUGGAGUCCAGGAGACGUGCGUGUACCAAGGCCGGCUAAGGAGCCCAUCUUUGGUCUGAAAAGCCGAGAAGACGGGCUGGUAUGCUUGUUGGAGCGUUGUUGGUAUACCUGCAUCUCGCUGCAGGGCAUGCAGAAACAUUGCAAGGAUAAGCAUGGCUGGGUGAACAAACAAAAGCGAGGGGGAGAUAUAAGGCAAAAGAGCAAGCACUCGCGCAACCAAGUAUGGCGAGACAGCCAAUCCUGCCAGCGCUUGUUCAGAGCUGUUGGCUGGCCGGCGUAUGUUGCAGUCGAGACGAGCGUUGGAGCUGCGACUCUAGCAGACAUCUCCCAGAGAGUGAAGGCAGAUCGCCAGCAUCAGCGAGAAGAGCGUGAGGCAGCAGCAGCGCAGGAUAAGAUUAAAGAGGGCAUCCGUUCGCAGGCUGAUCCGUGGCUAGAGCUCACAGAAUGGGUCCCGCACCUACAAGGUAUCCCAAGGGCGGCACUUCUGCGCGCUAAACAGCUAGCUGGUAGGGAGGUAGACGCGCGUGGGAAGGAAGAAGUAGCGUUUGACAACACGGGCUUACGCGAUGUUUGCAAAGCUAUAGAGCGGCUGAUACAAAAGCGUUCAAUAGCAGCCAAGCUGAGGUUGUCGGCAGACUCGCACUGGAGAUUAUCGAGCGACGUGAGGCGGGCGCAGAAUCGAACGAGCGGCCCUUCUACGCUAGGCAUCGAGUCGGUACGAUCAAGAAGUACAGCCAGAAGCUGGUGA